CCGCGCCAGCAGUCCCGUGCGCGGACAGACACCAAGCAGGAUUCUUCCAUCUACAAAGCGAAGCGAGGCGACGUCGUUUAGCUGUCCAUUAUCAUCUUCCUGGUGUAUAGCCAGAAAGUUGGUCGCUGUUGCAGUGAAGCUCUGCGUCGCCGUAGACUUCUUCACUGCUCUCUGCCGACCCAUUUCGCCGUCUUGAAUUUUGGAAUCUUUUAAUUCUAGGCUGCCUAUCAUUUCAAAAUGGAUGAUCUAAUAGGUGGCAAUUCAACAGUUUCUGUUCAAAAGACAGAGGUUUCUGCUAAAAAAUCGAUUGAUAGGAAAAUGAAUGUGUAUAUUUGGGACAUGGACGAAACUCUUGUAUUGCUCAAGUCUUUGUUGAAUGGAACAUAUGCUGAAGCUUUCAAUGGUGUGAAGGACGUCCAAAAAGGUGUAGAAGUUGGAAAGAUGUGGGAGAAACACAUUCUUCAAGUGUGUGACGACUAUUUCUUUUAUGAACAAAUCGAAAACUACAAUAGGCCUUCACUUGAUGCCUUCGUUGAAUAUGAUGAUGGCAUGGAUCUUUCUGAUUAUGAUUUCAACCAGGAUGGCUUCAGUACUCUGUCCGAUGAUUCUGACAAAAGAAAACUAGCAUACAGGCACCGGGCAAUAGCAUAUAAGUACAAGCAGGGCUUGCCUGGUAUUCUUGAUCAGGAGUCGGUUAAACUUUUGGAUGAUUUGUAUGAUAUGACUGAUAGUUAUACAGAUAGAUGGCUUUCUUCAGCACGGACUUUCUUGGAGGAGAUUUCAGGUGGGAUCAGAGUUUCGAAUAAUUGUGUUACCUCUGCUGAUGGUGCAACUGAAAAUGUUGCUGCAACAGUGCAGCACGUUAAUGUUUUAGUGACUUCUGGAUCAUUGAUACCUAGCCUUGUCAAAUGCUUACUUUUUCGGCUGGAUGUUUUGAUAACGCAUGGAAAUGUCUAUAGCUCAUGGGAGGUGGGGAAGCUCCAGUGUUUCUUACAGAUCCAGGAUCGUUUCAACAGCCCAAACACCCAGUUUUGUGUAAUCGGGGAUGGAUGGGAAGAAUGCGAAGCUGCACAAGCCAUGAAAUGGCCAUUUGUUAAAAUAGAUCCACGACCAGGUGGUGGUCACAGGUUUCCAGGCCUCACAGUGAGAACACUAGGUUACUAUUUCUCCGUUGUUUAUGGAAAUCCUGAUGAUGAAGUCGAGGAGGGAUAACUCAUCACACCAGCCACAACAUGUAAGCUGCCAAAUCCCUGGAAAUCUUUUGUACAUAUGAUCAGAGAGGAGCAUCUACUACAGUCCUGUAUGUCGCCAAGUUGCAUGAAUCAGGUUACUCAAAUGAGCUGGACAUAUUAAUGGGUCAGGUCCUCGAGGCGAAGCAACAAGAUGGAAGGUUUUGCACCUUUGGAUGCAACUUGUCUGAUUGUUUUAAUUCUCCAAUCAAAGUUUCAAACUGAUUUUCAUGGAAGAAAUCAUACUGCCAUAAAUUUCAUCUACAGUUGUACAGAGUACAUGGAUGAAGAUUUUUCUUAUUUGCCUUUCUUUGUUUUUAAUUUUUGUUUUGUUCUUUAAGAAAGAUUUUGUAUCUAACUUGCCAAAUAGACUUGUAUCCUACGUGCCAAAUGAAUUUUAUCUCUACACCCUCUGCACAUUUGUAAUUGUAGUUGGUGCAAGUCUAGAGAAUGGUAAGGUGUUGACCAUGCUGAUAGACAACUGUAAGCACCUCACUUUUAUUCAUUGCUUUGUAUAAUUAUACUAUAAACACUUUAUAAUAUAAUUUACACAAACUAUUAGAUGAAAA